GGCGCUGUUUACGCUGAACACUAGUUUUUCCCCUUGAUUUUUCCCCCAGAAUUUAUUUAGGUGAUUAUUCAAGACAAAGGAGUUGUUGAACAUGGCUAUUCAUGUGGCGCAUCCAUCAGUGCGGAUGAAAGGCGCUGAGGCAGACUGGACGCCCAUACAAUGCACAGACAGGGAGUGUAGCCACUCCUUGAUGAAGGCUCCGCAUCUGCACUGUCCAUUCUGCUCUCAGGACAGUCUCUUCACUGAUGAGAUUCUCCUCAAGGCGCACUACAGGGUCAAGCACGUGGAUAAGGGCAUCAACUUUGGGGGUCUUAAAAUAUUGCGGUGUUGUAGAUCCUGCAUCGUCCACGGCAUCAUUCACGAGCAGAAAUGCUUCAAGGGUGCCCACUGGCACUGCUACCACUGUCGCAACGGGUUCAGCAGGAGGGACGAGGCUAUGAAGCACUACCAGCAACACUUCCGUAAUCCAGAGACCACAAUACAGAUAGUCAUUACUCGGGAUGUCAACCAGAUCUUCACCACAUACACCGACCCAGCACCCAACAGUGCCAGCCUUGUAACACACCUCAUAGUCCCCCAGUCACAGCAGCCAUCGGAGACGGACACAUCAUCCCCGAGCUAUGAGCAGACUGACGGGCAGCAGCCGCAGAUCGAGUACCAGUACGCCUGCAUCAAUGAUCCAAACCAGAGCACUGCCAAUGGGGAAGUUGUCUUUAUUGAGAUACCAGACGAAGGAAGCAAAGGGGAUUUUGAGGGCGAGACAUGCUACACAGAGCACAACUUGUCGCUGCUGCUGCAGGAGAAGGAACGUCUGGAGAAGACUCUUGAGGAGGAGCGGACCACGUGGGCCCAGACAGAGCACAGGAUGAAAGGCACUAUAGAAAGGCUUCGUACAAAGGUUGAGUAUUUGUCCAACACAAACACGUCACUCAAGCAGCAGCUGUCCAUGAUGCACACGUCCAGUUUGAAACGUCUGACCAACGACAGCGAGAACCAGUCCAUUUUGCAAGAGUUACUGCAACACAUGUCUGAGGAGCACACCCAGCUGCUGCACCACCAUCUAGCACAGCUGCGGCUGUACGCUCAGGCCUGCGCAUUAUCCAAACCAGCCCCCGAGGAAUCUGCAUCCAGCGGGUCUGCAGUCUUGGUACCAGACCUGGCCGACCAGUCACAGGACAUCUCACACAUGGCCAUGAUGUCGUCCUCGGAGGACACCAUUGGGAACAUGGAGCAGACAGUCGUCAUGACGAUAACGUCGGAGGAGGAUUCAGAGCCGCUCGGCAACAUCGUGGAUAACCCCGGAGAUACCGUGGGACACGAGGCCUUGACUUUGGAUAAGGACGUUCAGUUGUCACCAAAUGACAUUCCGUACCAACUGACAAGUGAGGGACUGUCACCAAGACAUGCCACCUCUGAGUCGGGUCACAUUUAUCAAUCAGGUAGAACUCAUCCACGUCACAAUACAGGCUGUGAUGUCAUGCAACAGGAUUUUCACAACAACAAAAGUUUGAAAUUGAUUCUUUCCAACAGCACGCCAAAAAUAUUCUGCCCCAAUGGCUUUGACACGAGAACGAAUGAAGACGACAUGUCAAAUGAGGAACCACCAUUAAAACGUGGGAGAACUAACAGCCUGAAGGCCACUUAACUAAAUAAAACCUGACAUAUUUUGUAAACAGUGUACACUCAGUGUUGUCUGAGGGCUUAGUUGGGGGGGGGGGGACUUGAACUAAUGAGUUGAGUCUUCAUGGAAGUUUGUCUUACCUGAAUGAAAAAUGUUACCAAAGAAACUGACCUUGGUCUCUCCUAUCUUUUCGAGUUCUCGAUGGGUAAUCCCGAAUCCGCUCAGUGAAUGGGCGUCGUUGUAGGCCCAAACAGAUCCAUGUAGGUCCUCAAACACUUUACAUCUAUCACUGAAACAUAAACAAUUAUGAUUUAUUGGCUCCUAUGUAUAAAAACUAGCAUUUGCUUUUACUACGUAUUUUUAAGCAUUUACUUUGAUUUGCGUGAAUAAAAAAAAAGCAAAUGCUUUCUCUAUUUCCUUCAAGCGAAAAUAUUUGCUUUUUACUUUUUAAC